GCUGCAAGUUCACUUGAAGGAAAAAAAAAGAAAAGAAAAAAGACAAGAGCUGCACUGUCACCCUCUGCCAAAAACACAAAUAGUGCCUUUCCUUUCCUUGUGCUCCUCUUUCCUUCCUUUCUGCCUCCACCCUCCUUUCUCUCUCUCUCUCUCUCUCUCUCUCUCUCUCCUUUCAGUACCAGUGAGAGGGACGGUUCAUCUCACCAUUGUUUAACUGGUAUUGGUGAGAGUAAACUGGCUAGCAGCAGUGGGAGGAGGUGUGUUAAUGUGUGUGUGUGUGUGUGUGUAUGUGUGUGUGUGUGUGUGUGUGUGGCCUGGGAAGCCACUCCUCCUCUGAGCUGAUUCCAGUCAUCACAGCGAUAAUGAAGUGAGCACGACGCCGCCUGCCCGCCCGCCUGCCCGCCCGCCUGCCAGUGUGACAUACUGUCACUGUUCUGGAGGACACGCACACUCGCACACAUUCACACACACUCACAGUCAUUCACUGACAGGACACGCAGGCUGCCUCCUCACACAUGCUCACACACACUCACACAGUCCUGGGAAGGAGUGGAGAAGAGAAGAGAAGAGAAGAGCAGGAGGAGGGAAGAAUAAGAAGAAUUUUAUGUCUCAUGGUUUCCUCUCUAUGUGACUGACCGCCAUUGGUUGUGGGUGCUGAACAGAGACAACAACCCUGACACUUGCGCGCGCGCGCACACACACACACACACACACACACACACACACACACACACACACCUCUCUCCCCCGCAGCCACGGAUUCUUGGAUUAGUCCGCCCCGGUGCGGAGUGUGGGAGUCGCGGAGUGGACCAACAUGGGGAACCAGGCGGGGAGACAGGAGGAAUCGGAGUCAGGUGCUCAAGCAACCAAGAAGUCCGGUAUCCCAGCCCCGAGAGAAAUCCCCUCCACCAUAACAAGAGACCGCAUCUCUCUGAGGGACCAGCUGAGAAGCUCCUCCAAUAAGAGGAUGGUUUCCAGUGCCAGCACUUCCAGCCUCUCCACCCUGGCAAAGCAGACGCGUAGUACGACCAAGGCCCGUGGAGAUUUAGAGGGCCAAGAAAAAGGCCUUCUGGAGUGCCAGGUGAAAGAGCUGCUGGCUGAGGCCAAGGCUAAAGAGUUAGAGAUCAGCAAUCUCAGGAUGGAGUUGCAGCGCUGCAAAGGUAAAGCCUCCACUGCUUCGUCUUCACCCUCACACAACUCUAUCUCACGCCAAGAGUCUGGUGCCGAUCGAGAGCAGGGACAGGUGACGGAGGCCCUUGUUCUGGUCGGGGAGCUGAGGGAGAAGAACGGGAAGUUUCAGAGAGAGCUGGCAGCGCUCAGGGAGGAGAACCAGGUGCUGAAAGAGAAGCUGCUCUGCCUGGAAGCUUCUCCGCUCUCCAGAACCAGCUCCCCCUCCAAGCCUUUGGUGAAUGGCCUCCCAUCAGACUCCAACUCCUCAGCUCUACAACAAGACAGUCUCCCUUCUACCACCAGCCCACUCAAAACCUCUGUCUCCUCCAGCUCUGACAUCACUAAGGACUCGCCGUCACCUGACUCGUCAGAGUUUGAGAAGAUCCCGUCGUGCUCAGAAUCGGUGAGCAGUGGUGUCAGCGGUGAAGUCGUUGCAGCAGGGGCGGUAACCAAUGCACAGGGGCAGGAUGUGUCGGUGCAGAGCCUAACAGAACAGAUUCACAAGAUGGAGGAGAGCCACCACAGCACGUCAGAGGAGCUGCAGGCAACUCUGCAGGAGCUAGCCGACCAGCAGCAAGUGGUGCAGGAGCUGACGGCAGAGAACGAGCGUCUGGCUGAGGAGAAGCGCCUCUUGCAGACCUCGCUUCAACAGCAGAGAGAACGUCUGGAGGUGCUGGCCCAGAAGAAUGAGGCGCUGGCUGUCCGACUUCAGGAGCAAGCCCAAAUUCAGGCCCAGAAGGAGGAGGAGCUGGGCAGCCAAGGGCCUCGGCUGGCCGAGCUGGAGCAGAGGUACGCCGAGUUGGUGGAGAGCUCACGCUUUGAACGGGAGAAGCUGGUGGACAUCCAGCAGCAGCUGACAGGGAGCCUGCGGGCUCUGGAGGAGGAGCACCAGGAGGCCCAGGGUCAGGUGCACUGCCUCAGAGAGGAGAUGAACAGGCUUCAGGCCCAGCUGGACAGGGAGCUGGAGGCCGGAGGUCAGGCAGCACAGGCUGCAGAGGAGCAGAAGGUGACAGCUGACUGUCUCAGGCUGGAAAACAGUAGACUGAAGGCGCAGGUGGACAUUGAAAGACAAAAGGUGGGUGAACUUAAGGCCAUGCAAAGUGCCAGUGACAGCACUGAGCUGCAGAGCCUGCUGAAGACAGCCCACACCGAGAGAGACAGGCUGGAAGUGGAGCUCACUGAGCUGAGGCAGGAGCUGCUACAGGCCCAGGCCGAGACCGAGCACGUGCGAGCCACCAUGUCCAAGGUGGAGGCCAAAUGCCAGCAGGUUCAGGAGUGGGCCGAGAGGAGGGAGCAGGAGCUCGGCAGCCAGGUGACUUCCCUGGAGGAGGCCGGGAUCCAGGCUGAGAACCAGGUGAAGGAGCUGAAGGAGACCAUCUUUGAACUGGAGGACCAGGUGGAGCAGCAGAGGGCCGUCAACUGUCACACCAACCAAGCCGUCCUGGACAUGGAGAAUCUUGCCAAAAAGCUGGAGGAGCAGAAAGCUGAAGCAGAGAGACAACUGAAAGUCUUCAGUAGACAGAUGAAGGAUGAAAAAGAGGAGUGGCGCCGGUUCCAGGCGGACCUCCAGACGGCGGUGGUGGUGGCCAAUGACAUCAAGGUGGAGGCUCAGCAGGAGCUGCGUGCACUCAGGAGGCAGCUGCAGGAGGAGCAGGAUCGCAGUGCGAAGCUUUCUGCAGACCUGGAGGCCCUGCAGGGAGUCAGGUCCCAAGGUGAUGAGGUGAGGGUGUCCGACUCCGAUAACAGCCGUCACUGGUGUGGCAUCUCCGUGAUCCCGACCUCAGCCGCCGACGCCAGCGGAGAUGCCGACUCGGAGCCCGGAGCUACUGUCAAAUCCCUCAUUAAGUCCUUUGAUACUGUUGGACAGAAUGGACCGGGUCACACAGUUCAAAUGCAUUCCUCACCGAGGAGCCCGCUGAGUGGGAUUCCUGUUCGCACCGCGCCUGCUGCUGCUGUCUCCCCCAUCCAGAGACACUCGUACAUAAAGCCGCUAUCAAAGACAUUGGAAAAAAGAAUCAAUCAGGGAGAAUUCUCUCAUCCUCACGAUAAGAUGUCGGGCUGCGGGGAAGACCUGAAACCGAACAGCCUUAUGAGGAAGAGUCCAUCCCUGGAGUCUGUAAUUAAAACUCCCGUCUCCCUCAGCAGCCGCACAGCAUCCUUCAGCUACAACCGAGGCAACAGCAAACUCAGUGUGGAAAGAAAAGACCCCUUGGCUGCACUGGCGCGGGAGUAUGGAGGAUCUAAGAGAAACGCUCUACUGAAGUGGUGCCAGAAGAAAACAGAAGGCUAUCCGAAUAUAGAUGUGACGAACUUCAGCAGCAGUUGGAGUGACGGCCUGGCUUUCUGUGCCCUCUUGCACACGUAUCUUCCUGCCCACAUCCCUUACCAGGAACUCAUCAGUCACGAUAAGGUCCGGAAUCUGACCCUGGCUUUCCAGGCCGCCGAGAGCAUUGGCAUCAAACCCUCCCUGGACAUGGAGGAGCUGAUGAAGACCGACAGGCCGGACUGGCAGAGCGUCAUGCAGUACGUCUCUCAGAUCUACAAGUACUUUGAGACCUGAGCGGUGAGGAAGAGGAGCUGGAGACCGAUGAAGACUGGAGGCACUGCAGCACUUUUCUGUCAGCACUACAUUCACCUUCCAGACAGAGCAAACGCUGCCACUUUAACCCUCCUGCUGCUGCUGCUGCUGCUGCUGCUGCUGCUGCUCACGGACACCAGAGACACGACAGAGGACCGCUCUGUUCCUGAGACACUCAGCCGUCAUGAACGCACUGUCUUCUGUCUUAUUUCUUGGCAACAGUGCAGCCAGGACACACACACACACACACACACACACACACACACACACACACACACACACACACACACACAGCACCCUGUUUAAAGUGUCAGUUGAGCAUUUGAUUCAAAGACAAACAGAUUAUGGAGCCAAAUACUUCUCGAGCCUUGUAGCAGUUGACAGCACGACUGAGAGGAUUAAGAACUGGAUCCAUUUUUUUCAUCCCUGGAUAUUGAUUCAGAAAAACUUUCUUUUUUUUUUUUUUUUAUAGGUAAUAUGAAAUAAUUGCAUUAAAUCCAAACAGGCUGUCAGUAGAAAAUCUAAAGAAUCUUAUUUUUCACUUGUUUUUUAGCUCGGUCUCCAUGUCAGUCAACACUUCACCUACUGGAGUUGUUUGUGAAUCAAAUGCUCUGUGGGAAUGAUCUGACUUUUGUGCCAAAUCUUCUGCCAAAACACGACUUCUACAAGACUAUCUAUGCAUGGUUAAAGUGUAGUGUUCAGUCUCAGUGUGCAGUGUGACGUCCUCUUUCACUGACCAACACACAGUCAUGAGUGUGAAACCAGCUGUGGGUAAAUUUUGGUUCUGUUUGCUGAAAUGUUGCUGAAAUGAAUCGAUAGCGAUGCUUAUUGUAAAUUAGCCGGAGUUCGACUUUGCAGAGCAGAGAAUAAUUUGAAUUGACAGGUUUGACUUCAAAGCCUUUAUAUUUCCACCUUAAUUGUAUGUCCUGGUUUGUCCUUAAAAAACGGAGGUCAGACAGACUCUAGCUGCCAUCUGUGAUGCGACACUAAAAUGAUUUAACGCUACGAGAGUUGCUGAAUAGUUUUGUAGAAAUAUUUUUAUGAAAACAGACUGAUGUGUAUGUUUGUGUUGUUUACAAUUAAACCUCCUGUGAUGUUCCCUCAUGUUCCAUCAAGACUCAACAACUAUGGUACUGCAGCUGCUUUGCAAAAUAUAUACAUCUAUAUUUCGCAUGCCAUGUUCAAUUAUGAAGGAGAGGGAAACUUUUACAUGUAGGAGUCGAGGUACAACAUGUUCUCUGUGGUGUGCUUCAGACAAGCCUCCAUUUGCAGAUGCCCCUAUGUUUUGGAAGAUAAAAGUGUUAUUUAUUUAUUUACAAGACUUGCAUCCUGAAAGUGAACAUGUGGACAGAAAUACAGUUUUCUAUUUACAGAUGUCAGAUUUGAAGGACUAUUGAAUGAAUAUUGCUCAAUAAAGGAAUGUCAAGUUUUAUUUUCAA